AACAUUACGCGCUUGUAGUUUUACAAGCGCAUAUAUGCGGCCUUAACAGAUGUUAAUUUUACUUUUAAGAACUACAUUAUCCGCAAAGUAUUUCUCGCGAAUCUCAGGAGUAUUUCUUUAUCGGUCGCUGUUUGUGUUCUGUCCGUCUGAGGCAAUUUUUCUGCUUAAUGAAAUCAAAUAAUGAAUUUGGUAGGAACAGGGAUACAGGACCCGGCCGCUGGCCCGGUACAGGGUCCGCAUCUUUUACAUGCAAUCCCCGCAAAUUUAGCGAGAAAAUCGCUUUGCACAAUCAACGGCAAGCUGAAGACACCGCUGCUUUCCAAGAGGUUAUGAUGGACAUCACUUCCACCAGGAUUCAGGCUCAGAGAGCUAGACAAGCACGCAGUCUGGCUCCAUAUGGAGGAUCCCUGCCAAAUGUAAAUCAUAUAUCAAAAUCUGCAGAUACCCAGAGCCUCGACUGUAGCUUUGCCACCCAGCAGCAGCACCUGAGGCCAGACCAUGGAAAGAGAGAUGUCCGAGCUGGAGCCCUUGGAAGACCAAAUAGGAGACAUACUGACAGUGCCCCCUAUCUGUCUUUCCAAUUAUCGCCUCACUCAAGCUCCAUUUGGCGAAGGAACUGGUCCAGUAGAUCUGUGAAUGAAAAAAGCCAGGUGGACCAGCUACCAGUAACAACCCUGAAUAGGACUAACUCAGACUCUGCCCUCCACACCAGUGUGAGGAUUACCAACAUUGGUGAUACAAAUCCUACCCAGGUUUUGACAGCCUGUUCCAGAAAGAGUGGGCAACCAUUGUUUCUGCAUCCUGUCCCUCGGAUUCAGGAAAAUGUUCAAGAGGAGGGGAUGUUCAACUCACAGAAGCUGUCAUCAAUGUUACCAGGAUGUGAUACCUCUGGAAAACAUGUUCUCUGUGCUCCGGAGGUGAGCUGUUCUUUCCCAGAUGUCCCUUCUCUCAGCACCAGUGGCUCUCUCCCAGACCUGUCCAGUCUGCACCUGCCGUCUGCUGUGUCUGAGCUCCUGGAUCCAGACCCUCGGAGCCACACCUCCUCUCUCUGCAGCCCCACCAGCAUGCAUCACCUUCUCAGCACUCCUGCACAUUCUACUGUCACGACCGGCAGGGAUUUUCCUCUGCCAAGUUUGUCAUCAUCUCUCCAGUUGUUCACUAGCAGUCCCUUGCUUCCAUCUUCACUCAGCAACCCCAACCUCCAGUCAACGCUUAGCAGCCAUUCUCUGCCCAACUCUCUUAGCUCCACAGCCCUGUGCCUGUCGCUGAGCAACUCCUCCCGGAAGGCCUCCUACAGCAACCAGUCCCUACAGUCCUCCCUUAGUAGCUCCUCUCUGAGUAACCAGUCUCUCCAGUCAGCAACCAGCCAUUGCAGUUAUAGCAGUGGGAUUGGUGGAUCUCGCUCUUGCUCCUCCUCAUCUCUUUCUUGCUCACCACAUGCAUCUGGACAAGUUACAAUGCCACAUACCACUUCAUCACGGAAGAGAACCCAGCUCAAUCCAUUAAUAAUGCCCAGUGGUGGAGAAUCUCUUUGGCAACAACCAAAGCAGUUCUCACCCAAUGUGUCCCAAACACUGUACUCAAUAACCCAGGGUGUCCCACUUAAUACAAACAAAAUGUCACAGGAGACCAAACAAUUAACAUAUUGCUAUAGUCAGCUUCCUCCACCAGAGUCUCCAGUGGCAUGUCAGUCUUUGCAGCACCAUCAACCAGAGACAUGGCUUCAUUUGGGACAAGAAACAAGCCAGAAAUGCCAGAAUGCCUUGCAGCAGUCAAGUUCUCAAAGUACAGCCCAACCACAGUAUUCCCAGCAUCAGCAGGCAACGUUGGUCCCACCAUCAGAUGAAAAUAACUCACAGCAACACCUGGUGAACCCACAACAACAUGCAUCCCAGCAUCAGGUGUAUGAACAAAAACAAAUCUUGCAUCAUCAGUACCAGCAGGCUCAGUAUCCACAACGAUCAUCAUUGUAUCAUCAACAUUGUCUACAGACUCAGGAAUAUAUACAGCAGCAGUCACAACAACAUCCACUGCACCACCACACACAGUCACUGCAGCACCACGAAGAAUAUGAGGAACUUAAACAAUGUUGGAAUCCACAAGUACAACUGUUACACCCCAACCAGUAUCAGCAGCCGUACCAAUACCAAAGCCAGCAUGAAGGUCCACAAUACAAACCACAGCAGCUGCUUUCACCACCCAACCUAAUUACUGCUCAGGAUAAAGAUAUAUGCUGGCAGAAUCCUGGAAACCAAAAGAACUUGCCAAACAUGACACUAGAAAGACCUCGUAGGGCAUGUGCACGUGCAAAGGAAAUGCCAAAACUACAGUCCAAAAUGUCUGGCUAUGAAACCCGAAGAGAGAAAACAGCUCGCUAUCCUAAAGUGACCCAUUCUCAGAGAAGUCCUCUCCAGUUUUGCGGAAUGGCUUCAACAAGUUCACUGGAUCAGGAAUAUGAACAUUACAGUGAAUCCUACACUGGUCUUUAUCUGACACCCAGCCAAACAGAGGCCCUCUCACAGAAGCUUGGCCAACUCUAUAAAGAGCCCUCGGAUAUUACCAGAAUUUCUGACACUAAGUUUGAGGAUGUAGAGGGGAAAGAUGUACCUGUUGUUGAGCACUUCAGACACCUACAAACCCAAAGUCAUAGUGAUGAAGGGUUGCAGAGUCUUUCCAGCAUCAUUAUUACAGUGCCAUCUGCCUGCAUAGAUGAUGAGAGUUCAGACCUGCCAGUCUCGGUCUCUGAGUUUAAACUGGAGCCUUUUGCUAUGGGAGAAUGAGUGAGCUGAGGGCGCACUAUACACUGGAGGGCUUUAGUUACAUGGUGAGACAGAGCAAGAUUCAGCUAAACAGUAAUGGACAGGAGUUACCAAGAAGUGUAAUUCUGACUUUUAAUCAAUAGACAUGGGACAUGGUCCCCUUUGUAAAUUUGUAAAGAAAAUUUUAGAUAUAGUAUAUAAAAUAGACCCAGAUGGUCUUUGUGAGCUUACGCUUUGCACCAAUAUGCAUAACACAAUGAACAUUUGUUGAUAUUUGAGUCUGUACUUUUAAAGUACUUUAGUUAGAUAUAAGAUGUGUGCUUAAAAUAUUAAAUUCACAAAUUAGGAAAUGCAAGCUUAAUAUCCUUUAUGAUGCUCAUUAUUUGAUUGGUAUUCUUAAUUGUCUUGGUGUUUUCUGAGGUUCCUGUGCUUCUGAAUCUCCAGGUCAGAUGCAGCUCUGUACUGUUUAUUCAUGUUGUGUGUGAACAGCAUGUGAGCCUUCUUCUGCAUACUAGCACUAUCUCCAAUUUUAGCUGGGCUAAAAUUACUUUCUGUCUCUUAUGGAGUUCAGAGAGACAGAAGGUAAUUUUAGCCCAGCUAAAAUUUUCUUGUCAUUGAGAAGUCAUAUUCACUCCUCUCAAUUUUUAAAGGCAUUUUCUUUCAUCUGCUACAUGUAUUGCUAGCAUAUAUCUGGCACAUUGCCAAUAUAUAUCUUUAACCCUGGUACAUAGCUAAAAUGUAUUGUUAACCCUGGUACAUUGCUAACAUGUACCUUUAACACUGGCACAUUGCUAACACAUGUCUUUAACCCUGGCACAUUGCUAACAUAUGACUUUAACCAUGGCACAUUGAUAACCCAUGACUUUAACCCUGGCACAUUGCUAACAUGUAUCUUUAACCCUGGCACAUUGCUAACACAUAUCUUUAAUCCUGGCAUUUUGUUAACACAUGUCUUUAACCCUGGCUGUAUCAUAUGUCUCUUUCAGGAAAUUUGGUCUUUUCUCUUUCAACUCUGCAUUUUUGGAAGUUGUGGGCAGUUGACCACCUUCAUAUUCUGCUGAAGUACAGAAAUGUAUUUAUACAUUUGUUUGGUUUUCUUGGCAAUAAGAAAAAAAGCAGAUCUGUGUCUUGAGUAAAUUCAUUAAAUUAAUCUGUAAGCAUCUAUGACUCGAUAUAAUGGCAACAGCCAAUUUGACUAUAAGGCAACUGGUCAACAUACAAUGGUUGAACAAUUAACAGACUGCAGUCAAAUGAUGCCAUGCAUUGUAAUAUGUUAUUGUGAAGGCAACUGUGAAAUCAUGCUUGUGGCAUGGGCAGAUCUAACCCAGGGAAGGCCAAGAGUAGGCCAAGGUAGUCUCAGACAAAUCCCAAGUACACAUGCCUCAACCCCCCACCCCCAAACAAACAGUUAAUAUGACAGCCAGAACUGACCCCAUGCACAUAAUGUGCAAUGGAGCUGUGUUUGCUAAUGUAGGAACAUACUGAACACACACUCUAAUAAGGCUUAUUUAUAGAAUAAAAACAAACACUGAAAUAAGAGUCAUUUCUAGAAUAAAAGGUGGUUUAGUAGAUGGUGCAUGUUAUACAAUGUUCCAUAAACCAAUUAUGUCCACUGGGAUUUGCCUAAUUUACAUAUAGAUCUUGCAACAGGAAAAUGUACACCCUUAGCAUUUAGUAACACAUCACAACAUACCUGACAAAUCAGAAAGGACAGGUGAAUGAAUGUUUAAUAUUUUGCAAAUCAUAGAUAGAUCAUAUUGAUUAUGAUAUAUAAAUUACUUAACACAGGAAACUGCACUUUAAAUAAGAACAAACACUUUAAUUUGUGUUUAUUAAUGUCUUUAACCUGCUUUUUAAUAGCAGAUAUGUUUAAUAAUAUGACAGAAAUUGCUUUUUCCUUAAUUUCCUUUUCAUUCUUUAUUUUCCUUUUCUUUUUCUUUUUUCUUGUAAUAUGAGACAAGUUUUACCCCUUGAAACAGAUUUUAAGUAAACAUUUGUCCAUUUGUUUUCUUUAUUUGCUCACAUAUAUAGGUAGUAUUUUAGAUUUUAACAUAGUUUAACAUUUUAUUUCAGUUCAACAACAUUUUAAAAUUGUGUCACAGGGCAGAUUGCUGCAUUUGUUUUUUGUAUCAAAAUAGCUUGACAAAUCAGGGUUUUGUGAGUCUGUCUGUUUGUCCAUCUAUCUAUCUAUUAUUAAGCAAAGUAGUCCAGUAGAUAACUAACAUGAGUAGUUCUUGUUCUACAGUGAGAAUGUAGAAUCAAUAACCAUUAGUGGUAACUAUUUUAUGGCAGUUACCCAAGUAAACAGGUCUGAUAUAUAAUACCAAAGUGAAAGCAUUGCCUUCUUAGGAGAUAGUAAUAUGUGAGCUUCACUGUAAGCCUUUGAUACUAUACUGAGAUAUAAAGGACAAAUUAUAAUUAAAUGUGCUACAUACAA